AUGCGGUUCGAGGAGAUCCUGGACGAAGUUGGUGGCUUCUCCAAGUUCCAGUUCCUCCUGCUGUUCAUCCUGUGCCUCCCCCGCGCCAUCCUGCCCCUCCACUUCCUCCUGCACAACUUCGUGUCUGCCACCCCUCCUCACCGCUGCGCCCUCAGGAUCCCGGAGGACAGGGCCGCCAACCCCGAGGUGCUGGCCCUCAGGAUCCCCCGUCAGGAUGACGGCUCCCUCAGCUCCUGCCGACUCUAUGACCCGCUGCUGACCUUUGACCUCAGCCCGGGAAACAGGACAGCACCUUGUCCUCAUGGCUGGAUAUACGACCGAUCACAGUUCAGCUCCACAACAGCUACCGAGUGGGAUCUGGUGUGUGACGACAAACAGCUGAAUCAAGCUCUUGCCACAUACUUCUUCCUCGGGGUCACGUUUGGAGCCAUCCUGUUCGGACAGCUCUCCGACAAGUUUGGUCGUAAGUCGAUGCUUCUCGUUGCUUUAAUUGCCGCCACCAUGCUUGGUUUCACCUCGGCCUUCUCCACCUCCUACGUCAUGUUCGCCAUCUGCAGAGCGCUCUGUGGCGUGGCCCUCAGUGGACUCUCCAUCAUCGGCGUGGUCCUCGGUAUCGAGUGGACGGACGUGAAGCACCGGACCUUCACUGGUACCGUCAUGAGUUUGUCAUGGAGCGUGGGGAACAUGUUCCUGGCCCUGAUGGCCUACUUCAUACGAGACUGGAGACACCUGAUGCUGGCGGUGACGGCGCCCUGCAUCGCCGCCAUCAUCUCCUGGUGGUGGCUGCCAGAGUCGGCCCGCUGGCUGCUGGCCAAUGGCAAAGUGGAGGAAGCUCAGAAGUAUCUGGUUCAGUGCGCCGAGAUGAACAGGAAGAACGAAUACACAUCCAAACUGGACACUGAGGCUCUGGGGAAGGUGACGGUGUCUGAGGUGGCCGAGAAGAAUCACUCCUACCUGGAUCUGGUCAAAACGCCUCAGCUGAGGAAGAUCACCCUCUGCUCCGGAUUGUUCUGGUUUGCUGUUGCCUUCCUGUACUAUGGAAUCAGCUUCAAGAUCUCAGGUUUCGGCGUCAGCAUCUACCUCACACAGUUCAUCUACGGGGCCAUCGAAGUUCCCGCCAAAAUCCUCACCUUCUUCGUCCUAGACUGGAUCGGCCGGAGAAACGGCCAGGCGUGGUUCCUGAUCACAACCGGAGCCCUGAUUGGAAUAAACACGGCCAUACCUUUAGACUACUCUGUGCUUCGAACGUGCAUCGCCGUGGUGGCGAAGGGUUUCUCUGAGGCGGCGUUCACCACUGCGUUCCUCUACUCAGCAGAACUCUACCCAACCAUCCUCAGGCAGUGCGGUCUGGGCUACACCUCCUGCCUCUGUCGGAUCGGGAGCUCCCUGGCUCCGAUGAUCAUGCUGUUGGAGGAUGUCUGGCUCUUUCUGCCGCCGCUGAUCUUCGCCGGGACAGGGAUAGUGAGCGGCAGCCUGGUCUUCCUGCUGCCGGAGACGCUCAACAUCCGUCUGCCCGAAAACAUUUUCGACAUCGAGGAGGGAAGACACAGGCAGAGUGACGCAGACGGAGACGCAAAUAUUGAGCUGAAGAAAAUGAACCAUGAAGACGAAGCAACAAUGUCACAGGACUGA